UAAUGAACAAUCCAUCUUUUGUUCGUUUGAGCUAAUAUCAAUUCCAUCUACAACCACAAACAAUAAAUUCGUCGUUUCAUUAGAUGUCAUAGCCGCCGGCGUAUGACAAUGUGUCAGAUAUUUUUCGAUGACUAGCGAAACUUGCAAGUGUCAAUGGCUUCUGUUGCCACAACUUCGUUCGAGCAAUCAGUUUCAAAAGACAAAGAAAAAAUGGCAGGCGAAGUGUUAUUCGAACGUGCAAGAGAAAUUGCAUCUACAAAUACAAAAGAGGGUAUAAAAAUUCUCAACACGAUUGUGCAAGCACACGAUAAAGAGGGAAACGAAGAUGAUAUUCGACUCAAAGAAAUGGGCAUUUUGCAGUUGGGGGAACUAUACAAAAAAGAAGGUAAUGCAAAAGAAUUGGCUGAGCUUAUUAAGGCUACGAGACCCUUUCUUAGCCAAAUAAGCAAAGCAAAAGCGGCCAAACUAGUGCGUUCUUUAGUGGAUUUCUUUUUGGAUUUGGAGGCUGGAACUGGCAUUGAAGUACAACUAUGUAAAGAAUGUAUUGAUUGGGCGAAAGAGGAACGUAGAACUUUCCUACGUCAAUCUUUAGAAGCCAGGCUAAUUGCCUUGUAUUUUGAUACAGGAAUGUUUUCAGAAGCUCUACAAUUAGGGUCUACUCUAUUAAAAGAACUUAAAAAACUCGAUGACAAAAAUCUGCUCGUCGAAGUGCAACUUCUUGAAAGCAAAACGUAUCAUGCAUUAAGUAACUUACCUAAGGCGAGGGCUGCGUUGACAUCAGCAAGAACGACAGCCAAUGCCAUUUACUGUCCGCCAAAGAUGCAAGCCAGUUUGGAUCUACAAUCGGGUAUUUUGCAUGCAGCUGAUGAACGAGAUUUUAAAACCUCAUAUUCAUAUUUCUAUGAAGCUUUUGAAGGUUUUGACAGUGUAGAAAAUCCUAAAGCUCUUACUGCUCUUAAAUAUAUGUUGUUAAGCAAGAUUAUGUUGAAUUGUCCUGAUGAAGUCAAGCAAAUUGUUAGUGGAAAGUUAGCUUUAAAAUAUGCUGGACAAGAUAUUGAAGCUAUGAAAGCUGUGGCCUGCGCUUCAAGUAAACGUUCAUUAGCUGAUUUUCAAAAUGCUUUGCAAGAUUUUAAACCACAGUUAGAACAAGAUGUAAUUGUACGAGCUCAUCUUGGGACAUUGUAUGACACAAUGUUGGAGCAAAAUUUAUGCCGAAUCAUUGAACCUUAUUCUCGAGUUGAAGUAUCAUAUAUUUCACAAUGCAUAAAUCUACCAAAAUCUAGAGUUGAAAAAAAGUUGUCCCAAAUGAUAUUAGAUAAAAAAUUUCAUGGUAUACUAGAUCAAGGCGAAGGAGUUUUAAUAGUUUUUGAAGAAUCCACUGUUGACAAAACUUACGAAAUGGCAUUGGAAACUAUUCAAAAUAUGGGAAAAGUAGUUGAUACAUUAUAUCAAAAAGCAAAAAAGUUAUCAUAGUUUUAUUUAGCUGAAAAUGUUUGCAAUUUAAAUAUAUUUUUACAAUAUUAGUUUCAAACCUUAUACUAAUUUUGGUCAU